CCAUCAAUAUUUCACUAUGACAAUUUGUUUAUUUCUAUGUUAAAUUCACCGCCCUAAUGAUUUUGGAGUACUAUAUAUAUCAGAUUGCUUUGGUGAAGUUGCCACAAACUUUCUCAAUUCAGUUUAAACAUCAAGAAAAGUGAUAAAUUAGAGAAUAUUUUUCUUUUCAGUUUCUGAGCUAGCAAAAGAAAAAUGGCUGAGAAAGACCAGCAGAUGCAUCCCCUAGCACCGGCCAACGAGCACCCGAGAAGUGAUGGAGAAUCAGCCAGUUUGCAAUUGGAAGAGCUCAAAAGAAAGAAAAGAAUCAAAUAUGCUGUGUAUAUUGCCGCUUUUGUGGUGUUCCAAACUAUUGUCAUCCUGGUUUUUGCACUAACUGUCAUGCGGGUUAAGAACCCAAAGGUGAGAAUUGGAAGAGUCACCAUUGAAACAAUGGAAACUAAUAACACCGGCACUGCUGCUGCUGCUCCUUCAUUUGACCUCAAGUUCAUUGCCCAAGUUACAGUAAAAAACACCAAUUUUGGUCAUUACAGAUUUGAUUACAGUACUCUGACAUUCCUGUACGAUGGUGUAAUAGUAGGGGAGGCGAUUAUUCCUAAGGCCAGGGCCAGGGCUCGUUCGACCAAAAGAUUGGAUGUUACAGUGGAAGUAAACUCCAGAGCAUUGCCCAGCACUACAGGACUUGCCUCUGAACUGAGUUCCAAUAUAUUGACAUUGAACAGCCAUGCCAAGUUGACAGGAAAAGUGGAACUGAUGAAACUGAUGAAGAAAAGGAAAUCCCCAGAGAUGAAUUGUACCCUCACAUUCGAUGUUUCAACAAGGAAUCUCCAAGAUCUGAACUGCAAAUGACGACAACUUGGUUUUCAAGUUCUUUGGUUUUUUUUAAUACUAUGUUAUGUGAGAAAUUAUACGCCGACAUAUAUUUAUUUUGUUCACAGCAUUAUAUAUGCUAGAUGACGAUCUCCUUGUGUGUACAGAUACAUCUUAUACAGGAUGUCAUCAUAUACAUUUAUUAUUGUUGAAUUUUUAUUUCAUUUUUGUUUUUAUGCUUACUGGUUUUGGUUCUUACUUCCUUUUCUUUAACAUUUAUGAUUCUUAGCAAGAUUAAGGGAACUUAAGA